UCGUUGGGCUCGGGCGGGCAGAGACGGUUCUGACGGUUGGACCCGGCGAGUGGCGUUGGACCCGGCGGCAGCGGGCGGUUGGUGAGCGGCGUCGGCCUCUCCGCGGACGCCGGUGGGAAAGCAAACCCGAGUGCCCAGGGCGGCGGUUGGCGGGUAAAUACUGCACGCCCAGCUUAAUCUGAAUUUCAGAAGUUUUUAUUUAGGAGUUAGAAAUGGAGUCAACAUAUCUUCGAAAGUGCCUUGGGACAUGUCUAACUCAAGGACUUGCAGAGGUGGCAAGAGUUCGUCCAGUGGAUCCAAUAGAAUAUUUAGCAUUGUGGAUUUACAAGUAUAAGGAAAAUGUGACCAUGCAAGAACUGCAACAAAAGGAAAUGGCCGAGUUGGAGCGUGAAAGAGAAUUAGCUCUGAUGGAGCAAGAAAUGAUGGAGAGGCCCAGAGAAAAGGAGAUCUUGUUCCAGCAGGAACAGCUGGCGUUCCAGCUGGAGGCGGAAAUGCAAGAAAAAGAGAAACAGAGAAUAGAAGAAUUACAAAGAGCUCAAGAACAAUUAAAGAAGCAGAUGAGAAUGAAUAUAGAAAAUAUAGCUAAGAGUGAAGAUACUUUACAUUCAGAGGAAUCAUCAGUAGACUCAGGCAAAACACUAGCUGAAAUUAGUGAUAGGUAUGGAGCGCCUAACUUGAGCAGAGUGGAAGAACUUGAUGAACCAAUGUUAUCUGAUGUUGCAUUAAACAUUGAUCAAGAUUUGUAGGAUCAACCUAAGGGCAAUAAAUAAACUUUUCUGCUUGUUUCAAGUUUCAAAUCA